ACCGGAAAUGCUUCCCGAGAAGCGAGACCACAGAAGGCAGCCCGGCCUCCCGCGAAGCAACCAGAAAGGAGCGCCUACUAAGGGCGCCCUCGAGGCGGCCCUUGAAGCGACCCGGAAGCGGAAGUGGAAGAAAGUUCUAGUGGGUUGAGGGAUCGGCGGGAGCAGCCGGGUGGCGGGAGAAGCCGUUUCGGGAACCGGAGCUGUGGGAUUCCCAGAUUAAGCCUGAUCAAGAUGACAACCUCCCAAAAGCACCGAGACUUCGUGGCAGAGCCCAUGGGGGAAAAGCCAGUGGGAAGCCUGGCCGGAAUUGGCGAAGUCCUGGGCAAGAAGCUGGAGGAAAGGGGCUUUGACAAGGCCUAUGUGGUCCUCGGUCAGUUUCUGGUGCUAAAGAAAGAUGAAGACCUUUUCCGGGAAUGGCUGAAGGACACGUGUGGCGCGAACGCCAAGCAGUCCCGGGACUGCUUCGGGUGCCUUCGAGAGUGGUGCGACGCGUUCUUGUGAUGCUCUCUGGGGAGCCCCCGACCCCGAGCCCCAGCACUGAGUCUCCAGAGUUUGCAGCCAAGUGAGGACUCCUCCCCCGUCCUCUACAAAGGAAAAGAUUGCGGUUGUCGUACGCACCUCCCAUGUACUCCAGGGUCUUUUGGGAGUUCUCUCCCCUCACCAUUUCAACUUUUUUGGAAUUCUUAUCCUUGCAUGCAUCCCCCUUCUCCUUUCCCUGCCAGUUUCGUGACAGCAGUUACCAGCUUUUCUGAGUGAUUCCUGGUCCUGUCCCCGCCCCCCUGCCCCCAACUCUGGUCUGUUUUAUGCCAUUUGGCCCUCUUUCUGGCAGAACAGUCACUGUCCUUGUAAAAUUUUUUAAAUCAAUAAAGUCAGUGGCCUUCA